UUAGUCUACAAUUAGCCCAUUUCACAAGAUGGAGCCGCUGUGUAAAUUAACUUCCAGUGGAAGAGCACUGUCCCAUAGACAGCAAAAGAAAAGUCCACAGGAAAGACAGAAACAGGAAGACGUUUUACCCUGCCAAUUAAGGUGACAGAACGAGUGGCUGGGAAGCACAGACAUGUCGACCACAUCGCAAAAACACAGGGACUUUGUCGCUGAGCCAAUGGGUGACAAACCCGUGACGGCUUUGUCUGGAAUCGGAGAAGUUUUGGGAAAGAAACUUGAAGGUCAAGGUUUCGACAAAGCGUCUGUGGUCCUAGGGCAGUUCUUGCUGUUGCGCAAGGAUGGCGAGCUGUUCACGGAGUGGCUCAAGGAUACCUGUGGUGCCAAUUCCAAACAAGCAGGUGCCUGCUCACAGUGCCUGAAAGAGUGGUGCGACGCAUUCUUGUGAAGUCGACCCUGUGGUUCUGAGGAAAAAGCAGACAGUCCAGUUCUAUUCUCCAACAGUCUCAUCCCUAUCCUAAUUGGCUUUUGGAAAGGCUGUCUACUUCUGUCGUCAUUAUCUAGCACUUCAAUAUACAGACGCAACAGGAAAUAAGCACUUGAUAACUAAUAUCAGAUUGCAGAUGAAAUGUGUCACAACAAGUAGAAAAUAAAUACCCACACUUUUAUUUUUAGAUUUAUAUAUUUAAAAGUAAAAACAGUUGAACACAUUAGGCAUGCAUUGUCAAGAUAUGACAUCAGUACCUCUUGUGUUUCAUUCAUCCGUUACAGACGGUCUUCAGUAGGCUGCUGAUGCACAAUAAUCAUUACAUUCAAACUGACAAGAUAAUGAAAAGAUCACAUUGUCAUGAUGACACCCAUGUAAAAUGUAGAAAAUACAAUCAAUGUAGACAUUAUCCCAGAGUAACAUCUUAAAUCCUCACUGGCCAACUAUUAUGUCAACCUGAGCCUGGAACUGGUCAGGUGGCAGGUUCACAGUGUCUCUAAGAAGUGAAAUGUUGCCCCCAGUGCCCAGCUCGUCUCUACACCAUCAAUUGUCCUGGAAAGCUGAAAUUGACACAAAAAAAUAAAUAAAAAAUAGCUGCUUUCAAUCCGA